GUUUUUAUAAAAAUUAUCAACGUAAAUAUAACAUCUGUGACCAUGAUGACGAGUAUUGUUAUGCCUGCAAUGGUGGAGAGAAAGAAAGGCGCAGUCAUAAACAUUUCUUCCGCUGGUGGAGUGCAUCCUAUUCCUCUGCAAACCGUAUACUCCGCCAGUAAAGCAUAUGUGACAUUUUUCUCCCGGUGUAUACAAUCUGAAUAUGAAUCAAAAGGAAUUAUUUGUCAGUGUGUGGUGCCAUAUUCUGUGGUUACAAAUAUGAGCAAGCCAUUUUCUUACGCAACAAAGAGCUCGAAGACAAGGAAACCUUCCUUAUUUGAACCUAGUGCAACCACUUACGCGAAAGCUGCCCUGGAUUCCGUUGGAGUUUCAGAUUUUACCAAUGGAUACUGGGCUCAUGUUCUUCAG